UCCAACUUAGUGCCCUCCCCCACUCUCUCUCUCUCCCCUCAUCUCCUUCUCUCUCUAAACACGCACACACGGAAUUGCAACACAGUUCCUCAGCUCCCUCUCUCUAUUUUUUUAACACCAAUCUCUCUCUCUCUCUCUCUCUCUCUCUCUCUCUCUCUCUCUGUUUUCUCCAAAAUCCCAAACCUUCAAAUUUACCAAAAGCAACCAAAGUCUCCCACAACUUGACGCUUUUGCCCAGAUGGGUUCUGCUCCUACUCCUGCUAGAACUGCUUCUACUUCUGCUAUGUUAUUGAUAACUCUGCUAAACGUCGCUGUUUUCCGACCCACCACAUCAGAUCCGAGCGACGAGGCGUGCCUAACCCACCUGAGUGAAUCCCUCCAAGACCCAACAAAAUCCCUCAAGAAUUGGACCAAAUCCACCUUCGCCAACCCCUGCAGCGGCUUCACCUCUUACCUCCAGGGCGCCACCUGCAACAAUGGCCGCAUCUACAAGCUCUCUCUCACCAACCUCUCCCUCCGCGGCUCCAUCUCCCCCUUCCUCGCCAACUGCACCAACCUCCAGGCCCUCGACCUCUCUUCCAACUUCCUCACCGGCCCCAUCCCCUCUGACCUCCAGUACCUCGUCAACCUCGCCGUCCUCAACCUCUCCUCCAACCAAUUAUCCGGUCCGAUUCCGCCGCAGCUCACAUUGUGCGCCUACCUCAACGUCAUUGACCUCCACGACAACUCCCUCACCGGCCCCAUUCCCCAGCAAUUGGGCCUUCUCGUCCGCCUCUCCGCCUUCGACGUCUCCAACAACAAACUCGCGGGUCCGAUUCCGGUCUCGCUGGGCAAUCGGAGCGGGAACCUGCCGAGAUUCAAUGCGACAUCGUUUGAGGGAAACAAGGAGCUUUAUGGGUACCCUUUGCCACCGCUGAAAAGCAAGGGGCUUUCGGUUCUGGCGAUCGUCGGCAUCGGAUUGGGAAGUGGGUUCGCGAGCUUGGUGCUUAGUUUUACCGGCGUCUGCAUUUGGUUGAAAAUUACAGAGCGGAAGAUGGCGCUGGAAGAAGGGAAGAUCAGCCACCUCAUGCCUGAUUACUGAGAUGGGAGGAGGAAGAAAAAGAUGCUAAUUUGGUAAUUUUAAUCAUCCCCAAUUGAAAAGCUUGAGCCAAAAAUUUCAGGUAUUUUUGGUUGUCUUUUACUGAUGAGGGAAUUUUUUGGUUUCUUUUUAUUUUAUUUUAUAUUUUUUGAGUUUUAUUUGGUUUUUCUGAGUUUAUUUUUACUUUUAUUUUUUGUGCUUUCGAUUCUCCAUAUAACUUCCUCACCAAUCCAACAAUGUACAAAAACCGAGUUCAAAACACAAUGUUUUAGUCACAAAGUGCAAUGCAUGUAACUUUAGAUAUGUGGACACAUUACUAUAAUGAUAUUUCAAAUUAAUUACGCACCGCAA